GCUGUCAAAGUUCGAACGUGGUUUUUCGAAUGUCUAGUUAUUUGAAUUGAGUGGUGUUUAAGAAAGCGCCUUAACUAGUGUAACAAGGCUACUAAUAAUUACACAGUUAGUCCCUGUUUAUAAAUCCACUCCUCGGUUUCUAAUCAGAAUAGUAAAUUUUGUUAUAGAAAAGCUUGUCCGCAGACUACCUAAAUCCUGUGAAAUUCUCCGGUGCACACAGUCGUUGUAAGACGGUAACGAUUAGAUUAAUCCGACGAACGGCGUUUUGACAUUUAAGAUGUCGAAUUCAGACGAAAGCGGCGAAAACGUGAAUGCACUCACGGAAGGACUAACGGCCUUAUUGACACCCUGCAUUGCGCAGCUCGAACAUCAAGUUUCAGAAACACAGAAAUCACAGCAACUCCUCGGAGAACAAAUCGAUGCUCUAUCAGUGGAGCUUCGAAGAAUCACAGAUUGUACAAGAGCCUCGCCAUUACUCGAUUCAUACAUCAAGAAGUUACUCGUGGCAAAGCGAAAAAUUAUCGUUGUCAACUCGGUUCUUCAAGCGACUCAAGAGAGGGCGUAUAAGUUGCAAGAGAAUAUUCGAAGAAACACAGCUAAAUAUCAAGUUCAGCUAGAAACGGGUGCUUUGUAGUUGGCCUCUCGAUAUAAUUAAGCAAACGAAAAUAAAACGCAAACAAAUGUCUUAUAACGAAGAAAUGGCGUUCCGUUUGCUCAAAAAAAUUGUCAUUUAGCUGUGACUCGGCCAAGCUUACAUGAACAUGGGACUCCUAUUGCUACGCCGUUGUGUUCACAGUGGCAUUGUCGCUAGUACAGUGUCGUCACUGUACUAUAGGUUGAAGAUAACCCGUAGUAAAAAAUAACAACUUGACCGCCCGAUAGAAACGCACGAUCAAAUCCUAUAAUUCUGUAACCCUAUUAUCAAAUACUAUAAAAUAAUUGAUUUUGCGGAGAACUCGUUUUUUAUAUUCGUAAAAUUUGUUAGUGCCAUCAGCUAUAAACAGACUCUGAUGCAUACAAAAAAUAUAAUGACGUCCGUGAUUUAUGCUGUAUGAAGCUGUGUUUGAAUACUGUUCUUCCCCGUAAGUAGAUAUUUGGUUUCUUUGCAGUCCGUAACCACGAUAUUUACCAGGCAGUUCGCACUGUCAUGUGAUUACAUGUUCCUUUACGAAAAACUAGCUAAAUGCUUCUGUUCGAAAGUAGUGUUUACAGCUUUAAUCUCGCUUCGUGACAUUGAUUUCCUGUAUGGCAACGGUAGCUGUCAAAGGGCUAAGUUUUUCAUUAUAACAUCGCAUAGACGACGUAGACUACGUGCGAUAGUCUAGCCCAAUAGCACAAGAACAUAGGUCACAUCUGUGUCGCCGGCUUCGAGGAUGGUCGCCGAACAUCACGCAUACUGCGUGAAUGUGGAUGAAGACUAAUAAACAUCGCGUGAUAUUUCGCCGUAUAUAUGAGUUUGGCGAGUGGCGAACCUCUUUUAACCUAUUGCGCCCUGCUUUAAUACAACGAAACCAAAAACCAAAAGUCCAGUAGAACCGGUACCAAAUACUUGCUACUACGAAUGAGCACAUUUGAACGCGUUAUCAACAAACGUGUCUGUUAACAUCAGAGAGGACCACAAGAACAAGUAUAUAUAUAUAUAUAUAUAUAUAUAUAUUGA